AUGUCGUUUCUAAAUGGCUCCAGACUGACCCCAGCCUCAUUCAUCCUAAAUGGCAUCCCUGGUUUGGAAGAAGUGCACCUGUGGAUCUCCUUCCCUCUGUGCGCCAUGUACGGCAUCGCCAUCACAGGGAACUCCGGCCUCAUGUACCUCGUCUACUCUGACGAGGCCUUGCACAGACCAAUGUACAUCUUCCUAGCCCUUCUCUCCUUCACAGACAUGCUCAUGUGCACGAGCACGCUCCCCAACACCCUCUGUGUCCUGUGGUUCGACCUCAAGGAGAUUGACUUCAAGGCCUGCCUGGCCCAGAUGUUCUUCGUGCACACUUUCACGGGGAUGGAGUCUGGGGUGCUCAUGCUCAUGGCCCUGGACCGCUAUGUGGCCAUCUGCUACCCCCUGCGCUACGCCACCAUCCUCACCAAUCCCGUCAUCGCCAAGGCCGGGCUCCUCACGUUUCUUCGAGGUGUAAUGCUUGUUAUCCCUUUUGUUUUCCUUACCAAGCGCCUGCCCUUCUGCAGAGGCAAUGUCAUACCCCACACCUACUGUGACCACAUGUCCGUGGCCAAGAUAUCCUGCGGCAAUGUGAAGGUCAAUGCCGUCUACGGCCUGAUGGUGGCCCUCCUGAUCGGGGGCUUCGACAUCCUGUGCAUCACCGUCUCCUACACCAUGAUCCUCCGGGCGGUGGUCAGCCUCUCCUCGGCAGAAGCUCGGCAGAAGGCCUUCAGCACCUGCACUGCCCACAUCUGUGCCAUCAUCAUCACCUAUGUCCCAGCCUUCUUCACCUUCUUUACCCACCGCUUUGGGGGACACUCCAUUCCCCCACACAUACAUAUUAUUAUGGCCAAUCUCUAUCUACUUAUGCCUCCCACAAUGAAUCCUAUCGUCUAUGGGGUGAAAACAAAGCAGAUACGAGAACGUGUCAGUAAGAUCUUGCUUAAGGAAAAGGACAGCUCUUCUCAUAAUAUUUAA